AUGGAUCCUCUGUCGAUUACCACAGGCUGCAUAGGUCUAAUCUCGACUAUCGGCACUCUGUCUUUAUCCAUCAACAGCUUUGUGCGAACUUGUCGCGAAGCUCGCAGUGACCUAGAUCGAGUAGCACGAGAGCUCUUGUCCCUGCAGACAGUCCUUGAACUCAUCAAAGAUGCGAUUGAUGAGGAUAAAACAUUCCCCGCCACUCUUGCAUAUCAUGUUUCAGGUAUUUUGGCCAACUGCCAUUCAGUCGUCAUUGAGUUACAAGGCUGUAUUACAAAAUAUUGCAACAAUCGACUGAGGGCCAAGGCCGGGUGGGCUAUCAAUGGCCAAGGAGACGUGGCGAAAUUGCGCUCAAACUUAGAGGCUCAUAAAGCGGCACUGGAAUUGGCUCUUGAUAUGCUUGCACUGCAUACGGCUAAAGCGAUAAAAGUAGACACGGCAGAGAUCCGGAAUGAUACAUCAGCUAUAAAGGAUGGUACGGCCCAAAUUCUAGAAGAGAUCAACCAACUCCAGGCACGGCUGUCAAAUCAAGAUGAUUAUAUCCUGCAGAAAUUCUUGGAAGACAUGACGACAUACACUGAGAAUGCCUUAGACGGAGCAUCUAUUGAUUGGAAAAGUUCUAGUACACGAGUCCCAUCUCCUAUUAUUGAAGACGAUGAAGGUACUGGCUCUGCUUACCUUUCAGGUUCGGAGUUGACGCCUUUCAAUGUCCACAAUAAUCAUUCCGAGUAUCAAGUGGCCGAAGAGAACAGACUCUCAGUAUGGGAAUGCAUCACAAACGUGGAAACAUACUAUACAGGCAAGGAGGGAGAAUGGCGUGAUAUCUGCUUAAGACGACGGCGCCGAGCAGGAGUCAUGGCAGAGCAACGUCCCCCAUCCCCGUCUACAGUACCUUCACGAUGCUUUAAUGCCUUUAGUCUGAGCUUCUGUUGGAGUAAGCCAGAGGAACAAGACCCUUUCUCUGGCAAGUCCGACGUUGUAUAUUCCACCACCCAUUUCACAGCAUUGACAUUCCCGGGACGAGAAUUCGCCUUCCAGGACAUUCUUCAGCCAAGCCGCUUCCAACCACCGAGGCGGAUCAAGAUCGCAUUCUACAUCCCAGUACAUGCUUUCAUGUGGCUUGAUGAUUUCGCAACCCAAUGGAACUUUAUUUCCACUUCUAUUGCAGCACUUGCACAGCAGGUUGCAUCACCUUGGAAGAACAUUGUUGUUAUCAUCGAGGGGCCUCCUAUGUGGAUGGGAGUUGAUCCUAAGAUUCUCAUGCUCCUCAGGGAAUUGGGUAUCCUGUUCGAAACAAAGCAGUCCAUAGAUUAUGUUGGCCGUGUCUCGGUGGAUCCGCCUUAUCAUAUGGAACGCGAUGAGAUCUUUGAGCGACCGAUCCUUGGGACCAUAUACGAGCAUACAGUACAGCCUUCCCAUGGAGCCUAUUCGCCCCAUGCAGGCUAUUCCAGGAAUGUUCGGAUUCCUACGCCGCUACAGCAUUAUGAUAACUGGGCUGUCGCUGUAUGUAAUGUUUUGGAACCAGAGUUCAUCGUCCAUAUUCCAGAAGGUGAAAUGGCAAAGAUCCCCCAUCCUGAUCGGUUUCUUGCAGACCUCUGGAUGUGUCGCACCCGAUUUAGCAACUCAAAGCAAGAGCAUGUCAAUCAAUGCGUCCUUCUUACGCCCUUGGAGUUUCAAACGGGUCGCGUUGGGGCCACGCGGGAUGACGAAGUGGAUAAUGCAAUCGUUCCCAAGCCAAAACGACUGGCAUGUAUGAUAUAUCAGAAGCGCAAACUCAAAUGCGAUGGAGUCAGACCUGGCUGCAGUACCCACACCCGCCUUGGUCGUAAUUGCGCCCACUUUGAACAGGAGACUUCAAAAUCGCAGCGCUAG